GAGCGGCCCUGCUCACCUAACGGGAAGAAGGUGGGGAGGGAGAGGAGUGGGUGGCCUCCUGGCCACGCCCCCGAGUGGGCGGAGCCUGUGAGCCUGGGUCUGGUGGGAGGUGGGGAGGGCAACCGAGAGCCUAGUUUUGUUCUCAGCUGCAGAGAGGCUAAACCCUGAGCCGCUGACCUGCCCAUCCCAUCCUCACCUCUGCUGUCUUCAGUCCUGCCAUGCCGCUGGCCCGCAGCCUCUCGGUGACCUCCCUGACGGGCUUAGAGGACUGGGACGAUGAACUUGACUUGGAUAAUGCCGUCCUCUUUGAAGUGGCUUGGGAGGUGGCCAAUAAAGUUGGUGGGAUUUACACGGUUAUCCAGACCAAGGCCAAGAUUACACUGGAUGAGUGGGGUGAGAAUUACUUCCUGAUCGGGCCUUACCUGGAGUUGAACGUCCGCACACAAGUGGAGCUCAUAGAGCCACCCAACCCUGCCAUCCGCCGUACAAUUGACUCCAUGAAUGCAAAAGGAUGCAAAGUUUAUUUUGGUCGCUGGCUGAUUGAAGGGGGGCCCUAUGUGAUUCUCAUUGAUAUCGGAGCCACUGCCUGGAGCUUGGAUCGCUGGAAGACAGAACUCUGGGAAAGCUGCUCCAUUGGGAUUCCUUGGUACGACCGAGAGGCAAAUGAUGCCGUUCUCUUUGGCUUCCUUACUGCCUGGUUUCUUGGGGAGUUUUCCGCACAAUGUGAGGAGACGCCGUUCAUCAUCGGUCAUUUCCACGAGUGGUUGUCUGGGGUUGGUCUUUUCCUCUGCAGGAUCCGGAAGCUUCCGGUGGCUACCAUCUUCACCACCCAUGCCACUUUGCUUGGGCGCUACUUGUGCGCCGGAAGUGUCGACUUCUACAAUAAUCUCCAAACUUUUAAUUUGGACAAGGAGGCUGGGGACCGACAGAUCUACCAUCGUUACUGUAUGGAGCGGGCUGCUGUCCAUUGCACGCAUGUUUUUACCACAGUCUCCCAGAUCACAGCUGUGGAAGCUGAACACUUGUUGAAAAGGAAACCAGAUAUUGUGACUCCCAAUGGUCUAAACGUCAAGAAAUUUUCUGCCAUGCACGAAUUCCAGAACCUCCAUGCCCAGAGCAAGGCGCGUAUCCAGGAGUUUGUCCGGGGCCACUUCUACGGGCACCUGGACUUCAAUCUGGACAAGACCAUCUUCUUCUUCAUCGCUGGGCGCUAUGAAUAUUCCAACAAAGGGGCUGACAUUUUCUUAGAAGCCCUUGCCCGCCUCAACUACCUGCUGAGAGUAAAUGGUAGCCAGACAACAGUAGUGGCCUUCUUCAUUAUGCCAGCCAGGACCAACAACUUCAAUGUUGAGACUCUGAAAGGCCAAGCCGUCCGCAAGCAGCUCUGGGAUACAGCUAAUGCAGUGAAAGAAAAGUUUGGCAAAAAGCUCUACGAGUCACUCCUUGUAGGGAAUCUUCCUGAUAUGAACAAAAUGCUGGACAAGGAGGAUUUCACGAUGAUGAAGAGAGCCAUCUUUGCCACCCAGCGCCAGUCUUUUCCCCCAAUCUGCACCCAUAACAUGCUGGAUGAUUCCACCGACCCCAUUCUCAACAGCAUCCGCCGCAUUGGCCUUUUUAACAGCAGUGCCGAUCGCGUCAAGGUUAUCUUCCACCCAGAAUUCCUGUCUUCCACUAGUCCUCUCCUUCCAGUUGAUUAUGAGGAAUUUGUUAGAGGCUGCCAUUUAGGGGUGUUCCCUUCUUACUACGAGCCAUGGGGCUACACACCAGCUGAAUGCACUGUGAUGGGCAUCCCCAGUGUUUCCACCAACCUCUCUGGCUUUGGCUGCUUUAUGGAGGAACACAUAGCAGAUCCAUCUGCCUAUGGAAUCUACAUCCUCGACCGACGUUUUCGGGGCUUGGAUGAGUCUUGCACACAGCUGACCUCUUUUCUGUACAGCUUCUGUCAGCAAACACGGCGGCAACGCAUCAUCCAGCGGAACCGCACCGAGCGGCUUUCUGAUCUCUUAGACUGGAAAUAUCUAGGCCGGUAUUACAUGUACGCAAGACACAUGGCACUCGCUAAGGCAUUCCCUGACAACUUCACCUAUGAGCCACAUGAGCCAACAGCGGCUCAGGGCUUCCGCUACCCACGCCCGGCCUCGGUGCCGCCAUCUCCCUCCGUCUCCCGCCACUCCAGUCCCCACCACAGCGAGACCGAAGAGGAUGAUGAACGGUACGAUGAGGAGGAGGAAGCGGAAAAGGACCGGCAGAACAUCAAGCCCCCGGGCAUGAUGGGCCCCAUCCCCGAGUGGCGCAAGCGCUCCAAGAAAGGAUCCAGCGAAGCCAGCACGUCCUCCAAUGCCAGCACCCCCACCAUUCCCAGCAGCCCCAGCGACCUCAGCAGCCCCACCAACUCUCUGAUCGAAGAGAGGAAUUAGCUUGUGCCUACGCACUCUCCCGCUCUUUCCCACACCUCCCUCUUGCCCUCAGUAGGUCAGCUGGGUUCUCUGGUGCUGGAUUCCUGAAAAGAUCCACAAAUGUAGGUUCUAACAUGUUCCAGUUCUGAGGAAAGGCUUGGGAUUGGCCUGUGUUUCUAAUGCCAAGCUGAAAAAUUGUCUGCUGUAGCUCAGGUUGUGCAAAUGAGGGAAAGGGAGACGCUCCUCCAUGCUUUGGAGUGGGUCUCAAGGAUGUGGUUUUAACUCAUUUCAGAACAUGAAACACAACA